GGUCUCUCACGGAGUGAGUCCAAGUACCCUGCUCAUAAAUUGGAGUUUCUCGCUCUAAAAUGGGCAGUGACAGAGAAAUUUAAUGAUUAUCUCUCUGUAGAACCGGAUCGCAGAAUCAAAGACAUUCUUGUGAUAACAGACCACUUCACAAAGUAUGCCAUUGCUGUGCCUACCUCAAACCAAAAAGCCAAGACCGUUGCUAAAUGUUUGUGGGACAAUUUUCUUGUGCAUUACGGCAUUCCAGAAAAGUUGCACAGUGAUCAGGGCUCAGAUUUUGAAUCAAGAACCAUUCGAGAGCUCUGCAAAAUGGCCAACAUUCACAAAAUAAGAACCACUCCAUACCAUCCAAGAGGAAAUCCUGUUGAACGUUUUAAUCGAACACUGCUGGACAUGCUAGGAACACUAACUGAAAAGGAAAAAACUCAUUGGAGAGACUUUGUAAAACCUCUAGUGCAUGCCUACAACUGCACAAAAAACGAUGUUACAGGAUACUCACCAUAUGAGCUGAUGUUCGGACGCCAACCUCGCCUACCAGUGGACUUAGCCUUUGGACUGCCAUUAAGUAAGGAUGGAUUUUCCUCCCACACACAAUAUGUGCAGAAGUUAAAGUCCCACUUGGAGGAAAGUUAUAAACUGGCCAGUAGGAACUCGGCUAAGGUGAUGCAACGUAACAAGACCCGAUUUGACCGAAAAGUUACUGCAUCAGAACUGGACAUUGGAGACAGAGUUUUGGUGAGGAACGUGCGACUAAGAGGGAAACACAAACUCGCAGAUAAGUGGGAGUCGUCUGUGUAUAUUGUUGUGAAGAAAGCCGGCAAUCUUCCUGUGUACACAGUCAGACCGGAAGGCCAGAACAAGCCACUAAGAACCCUGCAUCGAGACCUUUUAUUGCCAUGUGGGUACUUACCUGUUCCUGAAGAAGAAACAUCUACCAGAGAUAAAAAGAAAUCUCCUGUGUCUUCUCCAGUAUCUGCUGAUGAUGAAGAGGAUCCAUCAGAGGAUGAACUAAUUGAUCCACCUCUGUACAUUCCAUCAUCUGUCGAACCUGUCAAAUUUACCAGUGAUAUUGACCUACCUCCUGUCGAGCAGUCUGUUCCAAGCACUGAACAGUUUGUUCCCUCCACACAAUCUCCAGUACCUGUAACUGAAGAGGACAGUGAUGCUGAGGAAGAUGAACUCAAACCUGUGGAAGGGGAACCCACAACUGUUAAAGAGGAACAACUAUCAAUAUACAGUGAGGAACCUGAAAUUGACUCUGAACAAAUCAAUCCUGCAGAGGUCUCCAGAGUUGAAAGAAGUCUCUCUCCAGAUCCUGAUACUCCAGAUAAUGCAGGACUUGACGUACAAGAGCCUGAUGUACCAGACAUUUCCAGUCAUGCUGAAGAACCUCACUCACCAGUGGAUUCAAUUUCUCUGGAUAUUGAGGACCAACCUCUGAAACGCUCCAGCCGCACAAGAAAUCCACCUGAUCGGUUGCAGUACACUAAACCAGGCAAACCAUUACUAAAAAGCAUCCAGACUUUGCUCCAUGGUUUAAGUUCUGCUUUCUCCUUUGCCCUCCAAGAAGACGAAGAAGAACCAUUGAUUGCUCCGUACUCCAGCCAGCCACCUAUUUGCUGCCAGCCU